ACAUGAUGGGCUCAUCGUCGCAAGAGCUUCAAACAGCUCUAACCGACGUCUCAAAGACCUGCCAUCACUUGUGGGAAGAGAAUAAGGACCUCCAAGGCAGAUUUGUGAAUGAACUCGGCGAGCUUCAACGUCUGCAAAUGGUCAUUGCACAGCUGGAACAGCAACAGAGACUAGAAAAUGUAUUCACUGUGAAACAGCAAAUGACAGAGUUACAGAAAAGAGCAGCCACACUUUAUGAGCAUUUGACACAGAAAAGAAAUGAUAUUGUCAUUAAACUUAAUGAUGGCACCAAUUUUGCGACGAUGCUACAGACCCAACUAAUUGGCGAAAAGCUGUUCUCCUGGAAAAAUGCCCAAAAACUUGCCCAAAUCGGAAUGCCUUUCGAUAAUCGCGAACAGCUGCUUGAUGAAAUUCAAAUUGAAUUCGAAUUUCUCGCUGAUCAAAACUGGCAGCUUAACAUGUUCUCGUGUUGGAUGCUCGACUUGCUCCGACGUGCUCCACAGUUAAAUGAUGGGCUCGCUCAGGCAACAAUUGGAAAGUUGACUGCAAUUACAGAACAAUUGAACAAAUUACUUUUUAUGCUGGUUUCACAGAGUUUUAUUGUUUCCGUUCAACCGGAACCUGUUUUGAAGACUCAACAUAAAUUUGUCACUGAGGUCCGUCUUCUCAUUGGCGAUAAGCUGGGAAUUCGUCAACACCUGGUGAACACAAAUGUUUCAGUGAAAAUUAUAGCAGAAGAUGAAGCCAAGCAGUUGAGUGUUGACUAUGAUGCACAUAAGGAAAUCCGUAACAACAAGACAGUUGGCACAAUUUCCAAUGAUUUCGAGAAGCUCACAAUGAAUGAAAGAGGACACUUGGCGGCAAAAUUCAAUAAUUCAAAAUUGACAAGAAUUGCACACAGAAAACCGCCCCCAAAAGGAGCAUCUGACUUGAAAUGUGCAGCAAGUAUGCAGGCAGCUACUGAUCAGAAAUAUGCUCUUUUAUUCUUUAUUACACCUUUUCAAAUGGGUAAUUUGAGCAAAGAAGAACAAUUCGACGUUUGGACACUUUCUCUUCCAAUAAUGGUUACAGUACACGGAUCUCAAGACUGUGACGCGCAAGUUGCAAUUCUCUGGCACCGCGCAUUCGCCUCAAUCAGCAGAAAUCCAAAUACAACUGAUGUGACAGCUGUGACAUGGGACAAUCUAGCAAUAAUGCUUCGAAACAAGUUCUCCUUAUUCACGGGAGCACGUCGUCCACUUUCAGAUUCAGAUUUGGCAUAUUUAAGUGAGAAAAUGUUAAUGCCAAAUGUGGCAGAUCAGAAGCCAAUCACAUUUCAUCGAUUCGCAAAACAGGCAAUGAGAGAUGACUUACCAUUCUCAUUUUGGGAAUGGUUUUUCUCAAUAAUGCAAUUAAUCAAACAAAAACUGCUCAAAUUCUGGGAUGAGGGAUGGUGCAUUGGAUUUAUUUCAAAAAAUGAUGCGUCUCAAAGUAUGAUGAUGUGUCAGCACUCUUCAUUUUUAUUGAGAUUCUCUGACAGUCAAACUGGUGCUGUAUCGAUUGGUUUUGUUUGUGAAGAGGCUGAUGGACAAAAGAUUCCAUUUCAUUUGGCACCUUUUACUAUUAAGGAUUUGGAUCAAUUGUCACUGGCAAGUCGUAUUGCUUCAUGUCCACAAUUGAAGGAUAUUCGAUACAUGUACCCGGCAAUCGAUAAAGAAGAAAUGCUGCGUUUCUUCGAGUCCGAGGAGCGUCAUCGCGUGGGCGGUGGUGACAGUCCAACUGGAUAUAUUCAAAGUGAAAUUGUCAUGGUUGCAAAAACAAAUGGGAAUUUCAGACGAAUGUCCAAUGCACCGUCCAUGUUUGGUGCAGAUUCUCCGUCACCGUUGUCGGUUCAAAGCAAAUUGGAUUGGUCACCCGGGGAGGUUCAUCAGAAUCAUAUGAUGGAGAUGUCCGACGAACUUGGUCAAAUCCUAACAGUCUCGGAUAUGUCGGGAGAUGUAGAAACUCUAUUGGGACCAGCAUUCAAGAAUAAUAUCACAAACUACAAUCCACACGAUGGAAAUCAUCAGCAUAACCUUCAUUUUGUGGAUAUGUCCCAACAGGGAAUGAUGCAACAGCACCACAAUCAAUUUUAUCCCUCAUAAAACACUAUUUAAAUGUUAAAACAGUCCCCCCAAUUACCUCUUUUUGAAUUUCUCUGUCUCCAGUUUAGUAUUCAUAUCUUUGCUUCUUUCGUGCUGUCCAUCUUCCUCAAUUCUUUGAUAAUCUAAUAUUAUUUUGACAAUAUUUACUGAAAAUAAUAUUAAUAAUCACAAGUGAUUUCUGAUCUCAUCCAAUAAAUUAUUUUACUGUAAAUC